GAGUCGACUUGAGAAAUUCCAGAGUUACUUUUAGGAGGGAAAACUCCCAACUCGUUUGGUUUCUCUCUAUGGAGACUGUCUCCAGAUAUUAGAAAUUUGUUGAUCUUGUAAUAUGGAAAGCGACGAAGUGAAGGUUGAAGAAGCUCAAGUUUCAAUGUCGAAAGACGAAGCGAUUUUGGUCGAAAUCAGCGGUGAAAUCGAUACCCUAAAAGAGGAGCAAUCGCUUACUGAAAAUUUCAAUGUCAGGAAGCGAGGUCGGCUUGAAGAUAAGAAUCAAGGUUUUGGGGAAAGUGUCGUCAAAAUUGGAGGAUCAGAGCGACGGAUGGUAACUCACGUGAGACGCGGUAGGGUGAAGAGAGAGAAAGGGCAAGAGGGUUUGGAUAUGAAUGAGAAUCGCUACGAUGUUUCUUCUUCUUCUUAUGCAGAGUGUAGUAGAGGGGAAAAGCUGGAAUUAGGGGAUAAUGUAGCUGAAAAGGAAGAGGGGAAUGAUUCGGAGAAGGAAAGGAGCAAGGUAGAGGGUGAAGGGUGGUGCUUGGGGGUUAGACAGGCAAGGGUAAAGGCUAUGGAGAAGAUAACAACUGUGUUGAAUGUCACUGAUGAUGGGUUAUCAAAUAGAGGGAAGAAGAAGGGGAUUCACAGAAAGAUGAAUAACAAUGGAACUUCACUUGAAGAUAACGAAGUCGGAGCUGAAAUAGCCCAAAUGGAGGAUGAGAAGACUAAGCCAAGAAGGAGUAUGCGUUGUAAAGGCAAGGGGAAGGGUGAAGGAGAAGAGCUAAAUGAGAGUGUUGCGAAGACCAGAGUUGGACGGAAAAUGGAUGAUAAUGGGUUUCUGGAAUCAACGAUGUGUCACCAAUGUCAGAGAAAUGACAAAGGAGAUAUAGUUCGGUGCACUAGAUGUAAGACGAAGCGGUAUUGCAUUCACUGUAUAAAGACCUGGUACCCUGACAUGCCAGCUGAAGCUUUUGCAGAGGCCUGUCCUGUUUGUCAACUGAACUGCAAUUGCAAAUCGUGUUUACGCAUGGAAGUUCCUAUUGAAACUGCUGCCAAGAUUAAGGAGAAGUCGAACUUCACAGUUGGUGAUGAGCAGAAGAUUCAGUAUUCUAAGUACAUGAUAAAAGUUCUCCUUCCAUUUAUUGAACAGAUUAACAAAGAACAAAUGAUAGAGAGAGAACUCGAGGCUAAGAUUCAAGGAGUAUCAGUUUCAGACACUAAAAUCAUUGAAACAGCAAUGGGUGCAGAUGAGCGAAUUUAUUGUGACAACUGUCGAACUUCUAUUGUUGACUACCACAGAAGCUGUCCACGGUGCUCCUAUGACCUUUGCCUUACUUGUUGUCGAGAACUUAGGGAUGGGCACUUGCAGGGAGGUGAAAAAGGACCAUCUUUUAAAUAUGUCGACUAUGGGUUUGAUUAUCUGCAUGGUGGAGACAAGAGUGUUCAGGCUUCGACAAUGGAGAAUAAGUUGGAUGAUAAUCCGUAUUCUCCAUCACAAUGGAAAUUAGAGGAAAAUGAUGUCAUUUUGUGUCCCCCUAAAACCAAGGGAGGUUGUGGUGAAGAAAUUUUGGUAUUGAAUUGCUUGUUACCUGAUGAUUAUGUCUUAAAAUUACUUGUGGAAGCCAAAAAAAUAUUUGAUGCGCCCAAAAUUGAAUAUGCCCCUGAAUGUCUCGGGAGAAGCUGUUCCUGUUCAAAAAAUGGAGAUGAUUUCAUGACCCCAAAGACAUGUAAAGCAGCCUCGCGAGAAGAUUCUAGUGACAACUAUUUAUACACUCCGUCAGCUGUAGACAUUGAGCAUGGGGAUCUAAAACAUUUCCAGUGGCAUUGGUCAAAGGGUGAGCCAGUAAUAGUGAGCAAUGUACUGGAAACCACCCUUGGCUUGAGUUGGGAACCUAUGGUUAUGUGGCGUGCCUUCCGACAGGUUAAAAACCUUGACCACGAUACACUUCUCGAUGUGACUGCUAUUACAUGCCUCGAUUGGUGUGAGGUGGAUGUGAAUGUUCGCCAAUUUUUCAAUGGGUAUUCGGACGCAUAUAAGUCACAAUUUGAUGAUAAGGGGUGGCCUCAAAUACUAAAACUGAAAGACUGGCCUCCAUCUACUUUAUUUGAGAAGUUGUUGCCUCGCCAUGGCCUUGAAUUUAUAAGCUGCUUACCGUUUAAAGAGUAUACACAUCCUGAAGAUGGACACUUAAAUCUUGUAACUAAGCUUCCUUCACAGUCUAUUAAACCUGAUAUGGGGCCAAAAACCUACAUAGCUUAUGGAUUUAGCGAAGAGCUAGGGCGUGGAGAUUCUGUAACAAAGCUUCAUUGUGAUAUGUCUGAUGCGGUUAAUGUCUUGACACAUAUAAAAGGAGUUUCAAUUAAACCUAAGGAUCUUGAUAAAAUCAAAAAAGUCAAAGCAGACCAUGCCGCUCAAGAUCAAAUGGAGAUUUUUGGAGUUGUUCAUAUGGAAAUUGAUGAAGAAGUGAAAGCCUUGAAAGAGUCUGAUCUAGUCAAUAUGAACAAUGUUGACUUGGAUGUUGAGCUAGGAGUUUCAAGCAUUGUCGAAAAUGACAUCAAGGAUGACAAAGAGAAAAACCCUAAGGAGGUAUUAAAGACAAAAGUUUUGAAUGCUGACAAUGACUGUGAGAAAAACAUAUAUAAACAGAAGUGUGAAGGGAGAGAGUUUCUCACAAAGGAUCAUCAUGUUGUACAACAAUUUCACAUGGAUGUAAACAAUCAGAUACAACUUUCUGGAGGAAAAGUGGAUGUUGGUCUCAAUUUGUGUAGUGGUAGUCUUGAUGAUGCAGAAAGUGGAGCUCUUUGGGACAUCUUUAGGAAACAAGAUGUUCCUAAACUAGAGGAGUAUCUCAAAAGGCACUUCAAUGAGUUCAGGCAUAUCUAUGGCAAUCUGCUUCCAGAGGUUAUCCAUCCAAUUCAUGACCAAACUAUUUACUUGACUACAGAGCACAAAAAACGACUUAAGGAGGAAUAUGGAAUUGAACCAUGGACAUUUAUACAGAGGUUAGGAGAUGCAGUCAUUAUACCAGCAGGCUGCCCUCAUCAAGUCCGAAAUUUAAAGUCUUGCACUAAAGUCGCGCUUGAUUUUGUGUCACCUGAAAAUAUUCCUUCGUGCUUUCAACUGACUGAAGAGUUUCGUCUGCUUCCCUCGGAUCAUAGGGCUAAGGAAGACAAGCUUGAGGUGAAGAAAAUGUUAAUUCUUGCAAUGAGGAGCGCUGUGAAUGAUGUAAACAGAGUCGAAUCAUCACAACCUGUAAAGAGAGUCAAGUCAUCCCGUACUGGUAAUAGUCGUCACAAACCUCGUCGUAAAUAAGUUUGGGAAGCGUAUAGUAUCCGAAGCGCUUAGUUGGAUACUAUAUUGACCCAACAUCCUUUUGUGUGGUGGAGGAAGACUCUUUUUUGGACUCAUCAGUCAUCAAAGUAUAUGCUGAGUUUCACUACUAAUGUUACCCUUUUUUGUCCACGUUUAACAUGGUAUAUAUUAUGUUAGGUUUGCUGAUGGAGUCUUCUCACUUGAAUGAUUGAUGAUGUUUUGGUAUUUACUCAUUUGGUUAAGUAAUAUUUUUGUAUAUUA